ACUACAGUGACGGACCAUUUCCGGUUUUGCAAGAAGCUAAGAUGGCGUCCGAUACAGAGGUGUGUGUUCCAGUCAACGACGAGGAACCGACUGAAAUUUUAACAUCACAGAAGAGAGAGGAAAGACUGAGAAAGUUCAGAGAGCUUCAUUUGAAACGGAACGAAGCUCGUAAACUGAAUCAUCAGGAAGUGGUGGAGGAGGACAAGCGUCUGAAACUGCCCUCCAACUGGGAGGCGAAGAAAGCUCGACUCGAGUAUGAGCUCAUGGUGGAUGAGAAGAAGAAGGAAUGUGUGGCUCGAGGGGAGGAUUACCACCGUGUGAAACUGUUGGAGAUCAGCGCAGAGGAUGCUGAGAGAUGGGACAGGAAGAGGAAGAAGAAGCAAAACCCUGAUCCGGGCUUCUCAGGGUAUGCCGAGGCCCAGCUGAGACAAUACCAGAGGCUCACUAAACAGAUAAAACCUGAUAUGGAAGGUUACGAAAGACAAAGGGAGGAGUGCGGUGAAGACUUCCAUCCAACCUCCAACAGUCUGAUCCUCGGAACACAUGUUCCGUCUAGAGAUGCCAUCGACCGCAUGCAGGAAGACCUCGAGAAACAGAUCGAGAAGCGCUCCAAGUUUAGCCGGCGCAGAGCCUACAAUGACGACGCUGAUAUCGACUACAUCAACGAGAGGAACGCCAAGUUCAACAAGAAAGCCGAGCGUUUCUACGGAAAGUACACGGCCGAGAUCAAACAGAACCUGGAGAGAGGAACCGCAGUUUAGCCAUCUUUGUUUUAAGGGUUGUAAUGAUUUUACAAGGGUUAUUUUUUUUUUUAUUGCCUUCAGCUUUAUUUUUUUCUCCACUUACUGCUCUGUUUGUACUCUGACAUGUAGACACAACUCUGUUCAGCCUGUUAGUGUAAAUUAAUAUCGUUCAUGAUGCUUCUGGCCUAUUUUGUGAAUAAAUAAAUUCUGUUUUACGUUGUA